AUGCCACUGGUAAAGAGGAACAUCGAGCCCCGGCACCUCUGCCGGGGGGCUCUGCCCGAGGGGGUGACAAGUGAGCUGGAAUGUGUCACCAACAGCACCCUGGCUGCCAUCAUCAAGCAGCUGGGCAGCCUCAGCAGGCACGCAGAGGACAUCUUUGGUGAGCUGUUCAAUGAAGCCAACAGCUUCUACAUGAGGAUGAACUCGCUGCAGGAGAGGGUGGACCUGCUGGUCAUCAAGGUGACACAGCUGGACUCUACGGUGGAGGAAGUUUCUCUGCAGGACAUCAACAUGAGGAAAGCCUUCAAAAGCUCCACAGUGCAGAACCAGCAGGUGGUGUCCCGCAACUCCAUCCCCAACCCUGUGAUGGAGAUGUACCAGCGCUGCGACAAACCCCCACCCCUCAACAUCCUCACACCCUACAGGGAUGACAAAAAGGAUGGCCUCAAGUUCUACACUGACCCCUCCUACUUCUUCAACUUAUGGAAGGAGAAAAUGUUGCAGGCAACAGAGGAUAAGAGAAAGGAGAAGCGCAGGCAGAAGGAGCAGCGGCUGGUGGAGGAUUCCACCCGGGAGGUGAAGAAAGUGAGGAAAGCCCGGAACCGGCGCCUGGAGUGGAACAUGAUGGCGUAUGAUAAAGAGUUCCGACCCGAUAGCAGGUUCUCACCAUCCCCCUAUCACAUGGCCUCAUCGGAAGGAUCACUGUCCCCAGAUAAUAGAUCUUACGCCUCGGAUGCAGCCGACCACUCCUACCCAGCCAGUCCCAACCACCCUGCUCAGCUGCUGGCCCCAGCAUCCCACCCCACCCCAGUGGAGCACAAGGAGGGGGGGGGUUUGGUGGCCCUUCCCCCCCAGGACCACGUCUACCGCCCGGCGCCGAGCAGCCGCCAGAACAGCCUGAACCGCCUCCAGCAGCCCCACGUGCCCCCCGAGGCCGUCCUCAACGGGCCCAGACCUCACCUGGUCAAGGAUUAUGGGCCCCAGCCAGUGCCAAUGGCAGAGUACUUCGUGCCCCCCGCCCCCCCACCCCCACCCCCCAUCAUCCCCUCAGCCCAAACUGCCUUCGACAGCCCCAUCUCGGCACCCCCCGCCCCUGCCGCCCCCCCCUCCUACGCCCCCUCCCCACCUCCUCCUCCUCCCGGUCCCUACUCCGCUUCCCCGCCGCAGGUCGGCCCCAUGGGACCCCCAGUGGCCCCCCCGCCCCCUCCCCCAGGCCCCCCGGCCAUCUCCACCUCACCAGCCCACUCGGCCUCGCCGCCGGCCCCCGCCGCGGAGCCCCGGAAGAUCCCUCUGAUGCCCAUGAGCGAUGCCCGGAGCGACCUCCUGGCAGCCAUCCGCAGGGGAAUCCAGCUCCGCAAAGUCCAGGAACAAUGGGAACAAGAGGCCAAAAAAGAGCCCGUGGGUAACGACGUGGCCACCAUCCUGUCCCGCCGCAUCGCGGUGGAGUACAGCGAGUCCGACGACGACUCCGAGCUGGACGAUAACGAGUGGUCAGACUGA